UCUUUUGUAUUUAGGUUCGAUUGGUGAUAGUGGAUGGUAUUGCUUUUCCAUUUCGUCAUGACCUAGAUGACCUGUCUCUUCGUACUCGGUUAUUAAAUGGCCUAGCCCAGCAAAUGAUCAGUCUUGCGAAUAAUCACAGAUUAGCUGUAAUUUUAACCAAUCAGAUGACAACAAAGAUUGAUAAAAAUCAGGCCUUGCUCAUUCCUGCUUUAGGGGAAAGUUGGGGACAUGCUGCUACAAUACGGCUAAUCUUUCAUUGGGACCGAAAGCAAAGGCUGGAGUGCAGUGGCACAAUCUCGGCUCACUCCAACCUCUGUCUCCUGAGUUCAAGCAAUUCUCCUGCCUCAGCCUCCCAAGUAGCUUGGACUACAGGUUGGCAACAUUGUACAAGUCACCCAGCCAGAAGGAAUCCACAGUACUGUUUCAAAUCACAAUGGAGCCUCACUGUAUUGCCCAGGUUCCAACCAGGUUCCGCGUGGAGUGGCACGAUCUUGGCUUACUGCAAACUCUGGCCCACUGGUUCAAGCAAUUCUUCUGCCUCAGCCUCCCUAGUAGCUGGGAUUACAGCCUCAGGGAUUUAGAGAUACUGUUAUUACUUCUGCAUGUUCAUUGCAGACAGAAGAUUCCUUGAAUACCCGGAAACGGUCACGAGAUGCAGAGGAAGAAUUUUAACCCAGAAACAAAUUUCCAAGUAUAUAAAUUUACUGAUGUUGUGAAAUCAAUGUGUACAAGUAGACUUGUUACUGUAAGAUAUAAAUAAACACUAUGGCAUGAAUGAA